GGGGCUUUUCUGGACGUACUAAAAGCGUACGCGAGCGCUCUUUUCUGUCCUGUACGGAGGAGCACGUGUGACUGAACGGUUUGUACCUGCGCCACUGUCCCAUUAUCAGCUUUACUGUAAAAACAACCUUCAGUCAUGGUCAAGCUUGCCAAGGCAGCUAAAAAGCAAGCGCCUCCGAAGAAAAAGGCACCUCCACCUCCCAAAGAUGUGGAAGAAGAGUCGAGCGAGGAUGAGGAGGAAGAAGAGGCGCCACCAGCUAAAGCUGUAGCGAAGAAGAAAGCGGCUCCGGCGAAGGCCGUGAAGAACGGGAAAGCUGCUGCCAAACAGGAGAGCGACGAUGAUGAAGAAUCUGAAGAGGAAGCUCCUCCCCCAAAGAAGGCCACGCCUGCUAAAGCAGCUGCUCCUGCCAAGAAGGCAGCGCCUGCUGAGGAGUCCGAGGAGGAUGAUGAGGAUGAUGAAGAUGACGAAUCUGAGGAAGAGCCGCCUCCACCUCCCAAGAAGACUCCUGCCAAAGCCACCAAGAAAGCCGCUCCUGCAGCGAAGGAGGAGUCUGAGGAGGACGAGGAAGAUGACGACGAUGAUGAUGAGGAGAUGGACACGACUCCGGCACCCAAAAAGGCAGGAAUGGUGAAAGCAAAGGAGGAAUCGGAAGAGGAUGAUGAUGAUGAGGAGGAGGAGGAUGAUGAUGAAGAAGAAACCCCGGUCACUCCGGCGAAAAGAAAAGCUGAGACCAAAAAAGAAAAGGAAACGCCGCCGGCAAAGAAAGCUAAAACUGACGGUGAAGGUUUCAGUCUCUUCUUGGGCAACUUGAACCACGAUAAAGACUUUGAUGAAAUUAAGUCCGCAAUCGCGAAGUUCUUCUCAAAGGAAGGCCUUGAAAUUCAGGACGUCCGAGUUGGCGGGACCAAGAAAUUCGGCUACGUUGACUUCGCGUCAGAGGAAGAGCUGCAGAAGGCUUUGGGGCUCAACGGCAAGAAGCUGAUGGGCCAACCGGUGAAACUCGACAAGGCCAAAAGCAAAGAAAACUCCCAGGACAGCAAAAAAGAGAGAGAUUCACGCACUUUGUUCGUGAAGAACCUGCCGUACUCUGUAACGCAGGAGGAGCUGAAGGAAAUCUUUGACCAGGCUGUUGAUAUCCGGAUACCGAUGGGCAACAGCGGUUCUAGCAGAGGCAUCGCUUACCUCGAGUUCAAGUCCGAGGCAAUUGCCGAGAAGGCCAUGGAGGAGGCGCAAGGGUCGGAUGUUCAGGGCCGGUCUAUCAUCAUAGACUUCACCGGAGAGAAGAGCCAGAAGGGCGGCAGAGCUACUGCCGCUGCAAACAAAGUACUAGUUGUGAACAACCUAGCGUUCACGGCGAAUGAAGACGCCCUCCAGAGUGUGUUUGAGAAGGCCGUGUCCAUCAGAAUACCACAGAACAACGGCAGACCGAAGGGAUUUGCGUUUUUAGAGUUUGAGAACGUGGAGGAUGCCAAGGAGGCGCUGGAGAACUGCAACAACACAGAAAUCGAGGGCAGAAGUAUCAGAUUAGAGUUCAGUCAGAGCGAAAGAGAUCGAAGCAGUGGAGGAGGAAGAGGAGGCUCUGGACCUACAAAAACCCUGUUUGUCAAAGGCCUGUCAGAAGACACCACAGAUCACUCUCUGAAAGAGGCUUUUGAUGGAGCAGUCAACGCCAGAAUCGUCACAGACAGAGACACCGGCUCGUCUAAAGGGUUUGGUUUCGUAGACUUCGAUAGCGAAGAAGACUGCAAGGCGGCCAAAGAGGCCAUGGAUGACGGAGAGAUCGACGGAAACAGAGUCACGCUGGACUACGCCAAGCCCAAGGGCGAGGGCGGCCGAGGGGGCGGCAGAGGAGGUUUCGGGGGUGGUUUCGGAGGACGCGGCGGUGGACGAGGCGGGUUCGGAGGCCGAGGGGGCGGCAGGGGCGGCGGCUUCAGGGGAGGACGAGGAGGAAGAGGAGGCGGUGGCUUCAGAGGAGGAAGAGGCGGUGGGUGUCAAUCAAUCUAGUGAUGCAUUUAUAGA